AUGUCGAUGCUGCGAAAAAGUGCCAUAAUCGCGAAUUCAGUUUUUCGAAGACGAUGCAUUAUUUCUUUACAAAUCAGCAAUGAAGAUGUAGCAUAUCCUUGGCUAUUAAGUUAUAUCAAUCGGCAUAGUAAAAAUCAAAGUCGACAUUUAUCUGUGCAAACUUCAUUAUUUCAAGCAGAAAGUGGUAAAACUACAACGAAUUUCAAUUUUUUGCCUGGACAUGGGAUGCAUUAUUUUGUUCAUGAAUAUAGAUGGAUACAAGUUGAAAGGCAAAGAGAAAAACAAAGUAUUCAGAGGGAUGGUUUUCGUAUACCUUUUGAAACUGUUACGCUGACUACAUUAGGAACAGAUGUCAAUUUCUUAAAGAAUAUUUUGUGCAAAGCGACAGAUGAGGCAUUGUUUGAAACUGGAUUAGUUGUAUAUAAAGCAGUUGGACCCGAAUGGCGAAGGCUCGGUAUUGCUCGCAGAAAAAGGCCACUAAAUUCUGUCAUACUCGAUAAUGGCAUUGCAGAUUUUAUAUAUGCAGAUUUUAAAGAGUUUUCCUCUUCUGCUCAAUGGUAUGUUGAACAUGGUGUGCCAUAUCGACGUGGAUAUCUUUUCUAUGGUCCACCUGGCACUGGUAAGAGUAGUUUUAUUGCUGCUCUUGCUAGUCAUUUUGGAUAUAGUAUUUGCAUUUUAUCGCUAAGUGAAAGGACACUGGAUGAUGAUCGCCUGAACCAUCUUUUAAAUACGCCACCUUCCAAUAGUAUUAUUUUACUGGAGGAUAUUGAUGCUGCUUUUGGUCCCAGAGUGGAUGCUGUACAAAAUAUGAAAAUAUAUGAUGGACUUACGAGAGUUACUUUUUCGGGUUUAUUAAAUGCAAUCGAUGGCGUAGCAUGUGCGGAGGAGAGAAUUUUGUUUAUGACAACAAAUUUUAUAAAUCGUCUAGAUGAAGCACUUAUUCGACCGGGUCGUGUUGAUAUAAAACAAUAUUUUGGUUAUUGCACGGAUACAAUGAUAUUUUCGAUGUUUAUGCAUUUUUAUGGUUCAAAGGCAGUCAAUGAUAUGGCUUUGAAUUUCCAACGAGCCGUUUCUUCAUUAAAUGUUGACGUUAGUCCAGCACAAAUUCAAGGGCACUUACUUUUAUUCAAAGAAUCACCACAAGCUGCAGUUGAUAAUGUUGCUCGUAUUAUUGCCUCUUAA